CCUAAAAGUACAUAACUUUAAUGUGUAUGUGUAUGGAUGUUGUGUUGAUUUGUAGUUUAUUUGUUGAGUAUGGGUGUUAAUAAUAUGUACGAUAAUGUGUGACCAAAAUUUGCAUUAAAUGUAACAGUCAAUGAAUAUAUGUGCAGGACUUAUUCUUAUUAAGAUGAGCUGAUAAAAGGGAGGAUGGCAGAGACAGACUCACCGUAUGCGAGAGACGAGGCAGAGGUUGAAGCCGACUCUGGGAUGCAGCUGGAUAACGGUGCCAACAGCAAUGAGGAGAAUGGAGAUCCUGACACAGAGGGAGGCAUUGACGGGGCUCUCAACACUAACUAUGAUUCGUGUGAUGGAGCAAUACCGGUACAUCGUUGUGAACGUUGUGAGAAUUACGAAACACUCAGUCACUCGGCCCUGCUCGCGCACAUGACGCAGUGUCAGGGGCCGGCAGACGGUGACCCGCGCAAUCGCAAGAUGUUUGAAUGCGAUGUCUGCAACAUGAAAUUCUCCAAUGGUGCCAACAUGAGGCGCCACAAGAUGCGACACACAGGAGUCAAGCCCUACGAGUGUCGAGUGUGCCAAAAACGUUUCUUCAGGAAGGACCACCUCGCAGAACACUUUACCACUCACACCAAGACUCUGCCCUAUCACUGUCCAAUUUGUAAUCGAGGAUUCCAGCGGCAAAUAGCAAUGCGGGCGCACUUCCAGAAUGAACAUGUCGGUCAGCACGACAUGAUCAAGUCCUGUCCCCUGUGCAGUUAUAGAGCCAACUCUAUGAAGAGUUUGCGUGUCCACUUUUUUAACAGGCAUGGCAUAGACUUGGACAAUCCUGGUCCAUCUACAGGCAAUGGUACAGCAGAGAGCAGUGUGAGUGCAGGUGGUUGUAGUGACAGCGGAGACAGUACGGGGGCGAGGUCGGCAGACAAUGCCACCCCACCCAUGCACUUCCUUACUCCCCAUGUAGAAAUAUCCAUGACAGAUCCAGUACCAACUCACCCAACUCAAUACUCGCCCUCUCAGGUGAUAGAACAGUCAGCAGCAAAUUGCCUGACAGUGAAUGGUGGUGGACAGCUACCACAAGAGGGCAGCACUGCGGGAGAUUGUCCAGGAUCCCCUCAGUCGGCUGAUUCCAACUCCAACACUCCCUCCAGCAGUGUGCGGGUCGAGCAAGAUGUCACUCCUUCUGUGUCUCUCAUUCCCAUCAAGCAGGAGCCUGAAGACGAUAAGAGAUUGUCGGAACCCAUCCGUCUACAAGCUACGUCCAGUAGCUACUCGUCCACUCUCAUCAAGGUGUCACCGCUGAAGUCCCUGCUAAGAGAUGAUCUCAAGAGGCGAGGCACCGCAGUGACUCUGGGACGUGCCCGACCAGAUGGCUCACCUUCCACACCUCUUCCGGAGUCUAAUGGCAGCUCCUCCCCGGACUGGAGGUGUGCUCCACUCAAGCGUACUUCAGCUUCACUCCAGUGUGUCUUCUGUGGCAUCGGCUUUCCGGAUCAGACGCUUUACUUCUUGCAUAAAGGAUGCCACUCGGAGUCCAACCCCUGGAAAUGCAACAUCUGUGGCGAGCAGUGCUGCAACGUCUAUGACUUCAAUUCUCAUCUGCUCAGUAAAACACAUCAGUAAACCGAUUAUUGGUGAUUAUUUAUAUCUUUGUACAGGAGAAGUUGUGCUAAUAUCCAUUCUGAUGCUUUGGAAAAAAUCCAACUCCACUACAGAACGAGUUUGAAUCAAAAUUAAUUCUGGAAUAUUUUUUAUUCUUUAUCGUGAGACAUUUUUGGGAUUCUGUUCAUGAAUUUUAACAACUUUAUAAAGGAAUUACUUCAAAAUAAGGUAAUAAUUAUUUUCACAAGCAUAAUUACUUCAUAUAAACUAACUAUAAUAUAAUAUUUUUAAGGGAUUUUAAAACAUCAUAAAUAUCAAAAUUUCUUCCAUUUUUAAUACAUUAGAAAAGUCUAAUUUAAUCACAUUAACAGUAAUUCUUAGAAUGAGCGUGAUUCUUAGAAAGUUGAUCUUAAUUUUUUUUUGUAGAUAGAUACUCAACUCUUUUAGUGCUGUUAAUGGACCAGUUAGGCUACUGAAUAACAAGUAUUUAAUCACUACCAAAAACGGUUAAUUUUAGGAAAAGAAUGAAUGUUGCUUUGGUUUUUAGUCAGUGUACAACAAUUCAAACCCUUUAAGAACCAAUUACUUCAGUUUAUACCCAAAAUUAGUUGGCAUAUUUAUUUCCUGAAAAUUCUUUUUUAAAUAACAUUUUUUAGAAUAAGAUAAUAGAAAAAUUAAUUAAUUAAUUGCUCAGUCAACAAAUUCAAUAAUUUCUCAAGAGUAUUUUCGAUGUUUUCACUGUCAAGCAACUAGAAUUCUACACCUAUACAAUGUUUAAAAAGUGAAUAAUAACUUAUUUUUGUUACGAGCCGUAAUUAUAAUUAAAAUCUAUAUUUUAGUUCUUGAAUUUAUAUUUUUUAACUUUAAACUGGAUUAUAUAUUACAUCCGCAGAUCAAAAGGCUUUUUAUUCUAAAACUGGUUUUGGAUAUGCGAGUAGUUUCAUUGAGAUAUUGAAUAAACUAUUUAAUAUUGUCACUUGGUAUCUCAUUUAAAUUGGUAGAUGAGCUUACGCCAGCAGUUCAAUAAUCUACUACCUGCACGUAACGUACCUGUGGUGGGAAGGGUUGAUUCAGUACGAAUGAUAACGUACCUGUGGUGGGAAGUGUUGAUUCAGUACGAAUGAUAAUGUACCUGUGGUGGGAAGGGUUGAUUCAGUACGGAUGUUCAACUCCAUUUCAGUUUUGCACCUGAUGAGACAAUGAGAACACCUCUUUAUCUAGAUUACAUUUUUAUGUAGUCUACGUGUCUCUGAUGUCAAAAUGAUGCAAGGAUUUCAUUUCAUUGCCGACUUUUUUGGAUCCCUUCAGACGGACGGCUCUUUUGAAUCUCUUCAGACGGACAUUGAUUCCAGAUUCCAGGAGUCAAGUCUUUUGACAGUGUCAGAAUUCAAACGCUGUUCUAAGCAGGAGGUGAAUUAGAGCUGAACUCAACAUUUGUAUUGAAUCUAUUAUUGUUAUUUGUCCUACUGUUAAAACAGCAGAACUAAACAUAAUAAGUGCACUAAUAUUUCAGUUAGUUUUCAUAGUAAUAGUUAAAACACCACAUAUUACACAUUAAACACAGAGCAUAUCUAAAAAUUAAUUAAAUUUUCAUUGUUUUGACUUGAAUUUUUAGUAUUCGUGUUUUACCUUUGACGUCUUUUAUUAAAAUUAUUUCUUCAAUUUAAUUCAAUACGUUUGAAUCAUUUUUGCAAUAUUUUUUAAUUCAGUUGUUAGACAUGUGAUAUUUUAUUGUAUAUCACAUUAAUUGGAAUGUCGUACAGUUUAACUUGAUUCAUAGUUUAUUGAAAAGUGGCAAGUAAUAUUUAGGCUACAAAAAAGUUUCUUUGUGAUAAAAAAAAGAUAGAUUGCCACUUUUACUAGCCUGGUGGGAAUACUUCGGUAAAUAAGACAGCAGUAAACUACAUUUUAAACAUUUAUUAGUUCUUUUAAAACAUGUCACAUGUUGUUCAGAAAACAAUUACUACACAAACCUAUCAAGUAAGAAAGUCAUAAUUUUACAGGAAAUUAAUCUUCUACUACAUAGUCACGAAGACACAGAAAUAUAAUUAAUGUACUGAGAACAUUUAAGUUAGAAUAUUAGAACAAGAUUUUUUAAUGCAAAGUUUUUAUAUUUUGUCCAGUAAAAUAUUUUGUUUUUGAAACUAGACAUUUUAUACACUUUUCUAAAAAAAAUAAUGUUAAUACACAUUGUGUGUAAGGUGUUCUCAAAAAUAUUUUUAUAGAUUUUGAAGGAAUCUACUUUAAAACAUAUAUUAUAGUCUUAUCCUAUUUUUGUUAUCUACAGUGCUUUAAAAAUGCUGUUUUAGAUUGGAAUAUAAAAAUCAUUUAACUACAUAUAAAUGAAUCCUGUAAUGUACUGAAGAAUAAAAUAUUUAAUAAUGUAAACUUUACUUGAAUAAUUAACUCUUUAUAUACGUUUAAAAUAAAGAGAUCUGUACAAAUGAUGAUGUGGGUGGGCCAUAUUUGGGGUUAACCCUUGUUUGGUGCCAACACCUUGGCCUGCUGGACAGUAUAGCAGGUGUUACAGUACUUGUUAACUGACAAUUCUUGACUUUGUUAGAAUGCUAAUUUUUAAUGGUGUUUUAGUGCCUGGACAUUCCUAUUUAUUUGUGAUUUGACAGAUUUUACAAACAAACUGCAAUAGAUUCAAUAGGAAACAUAAUCAUGAAACUCCACAAAAUUAUACUUCUCAUAAAUUUAUUAUUAAAACGAGUCACCUUGUAAAAAGGUUUUUGACAAACAGUAUUACUUUUAUUGCUUUGGAAAGAUACCAUUUUACACUACAAAUUCUAUAGCUGUUAGUGGAUCUUUGCAUUCGUCAAAACAAAAACACAUCAGGCUGGCUGCAAUAAAAGAAAAGGUAAUAUUUUUCACAGUAAUGCCAACCAUUAACCUAAAAUAUAUGAUGGAUAAGACAAGGAAGAGUUUACAACCUGUUCAUUGCUGCUAUGUAGUAUAACUACGUAGUCAAAGUUUCACUGUGAAACCGUCCCGCCACAGUGUUAUGGUAGUAGUACCGCUUUUCCCGGCAAUUAACUUUUGUCAUAGCGUGCUAAUAGGAUAAUUAAUCGUAGUGUUCACUACUAGGAUUCAUCGCAUACAGUAAUCUGAUGUAAAAAUAUCCAGCACUAAAAGGGUUGAGGGCAUGCUCAUAAUAGUAGGUUACUACAUUAAAGUGGUUUAUUCCUCAUGCAAAACUUAAUACAUGGGAGUUAAUUUUGGAGGUAGAGCAAGCUUACCUUUACCAAAUUGGAAGGACAUUUAUCUUCAUCUUAGCCUAGGUACAUUAAAAAGAAGACACAAAAAUCAGAUAUUUAAUGCCCACUGGACACUUGUUAACCACAAAGAGAUAUAGUUUUCUGUACACUCAGUGCCUAUGUUAACAGGAAGAGGAACACAUUUCCUCUCUGGUGGAAGUAAGCAUACUCUUCCUAUUUUAUUAAAACUAAAAUGUUAAAAUUUGGCUUUUUUAAUUAAAUCUUAGUCUAUUGCUUUGGUUUUGUUAUCGUAAAAUAAACUAGUUUAAGAAUUAUGGAAAAUAAUCUUGUUAAAAAUUAACUCAAAAGAAACAGCUAUAUCUUUAGCAUAAAGCUCCAGUUUUGUGUAUGAACGUGUUAAGCAGAUAAAAGGGACAAAAUGGAUAUUAAUUCUAGACUAAAAUUAUUUUCUUAAAAAUAUUCAGUGCCAUGCUUUGAGCCCUAAAAACUGAUCACUUCAACCUGAAGGAAAAAAAAUUGUUUGUAUGAAACUGUCAUAAAGAGCUAACAUACUUGUACAGUUAUAUAACGAUCAGGCUGUGUUUAGCUUCUCUCUGGGCGUCAGAUAGCGAUGCUCAUACACCUGAGAAACUAGUCUAUUGUGUCCAUACUCACCUGGCACCCAGAGAGUUAAUAAUUAAAAUUAUAUAGCUUACAAUAAUUAUUAUACAUUUAAGAGUAUGAGAGAUUUGAACAAAUUUAAUUUAUUUUGCUCGAAGAUCUUUAAUGGGGAAUGCCAAGUUGAAUAUUAUUUGAAUUUCCUUUCUAUUAAAUUUUACAAACAACCCUUUUAGGAAGAUGAUAAUCGUUGUAACUUUUCUUGAUAAUACAUUUGAAAUGACUACUUUUUUCUGAAGGGUGUACCGAAGAAGGAGAAAGGGAAAAUAGGGGAAAUGGAUAUGUUUUAUAAAUGCAUUAUAAGUACAGUAUUAAAAAAGAUAUGUAUAUACUUUUUAUCCAAUUAUUCACAAUAAAAUUUGUUUUAAAUACACCAAUAUUAAUUUUAUGGGGUACAAAAUAAAAAAAUAUAUCGUACUUUGUUUUUAUUUCAAUUUGUUUUUUGCUAUUAGUUUACUGUGUGAGCAAAAACAAAUUUUAUGGUGGGGAAACAACAUUUUUCAAUAUCUUAUUUUAUAUAAGAGUUCAAAAUUUGAUGUUGAAUGGUUGACAAUACAGCUAGAGUAUUAUGCAAUGACAACUGUUCAAUAAAAGAGGUGUAGAUUAAUUUAUUACCAACAUGACUGCAUAAAACAUUUGUAGGAAGAUCAUAGGACACACACAUUAGCAUAGAGAAUUACGAUUUUUACAAUGUUUCUAAAAGCAGGCUAAAUACAGCCUGCAUCGGCUUCUUAGAUGACACAUAUGUUCGGAGCUAUAAAUAGCCUGUUCAUCCUAAAAGGGUUAAUAAUUGUAGAACUUACGUACUAUAUAACCCAGGUAUAAAACAUAAUUAGAAUGACCAAAUGUUUUAAAGGUGUUUUGAGCAAUUGUAAUACCAAAACAUGGAGUGAUACCUUCCACAUGAUAUUUUGUAACUAUGUUGUUAAGUUUGGCUUAUUGAAAGAGUUGUACAUGUGUUGGUGGUAGUAUACAAAGUAGUGUGUGUAUGAAGAAAAGCUCAAUUAUAUGAUAUUAGUAUUUUAUGACUUAUGUAAGAAUACUCAGACAAACCACACAUUAUAGUUCACAAGGAGCCUUGUUAGUCCGUUUGCUUAUAAGCCAUGUUGUCGAGUGUCAAUGACCUAAACACUAUAUAAUAAUUCUAAAACAUAAUAAACAAUUUAAUUGUUAGAUUACCAAUAUUUGAGUCUAAUAUAUCAGUAAUAUUUAAUUUAAAAUAUACGAACUCACUACAAAAAAACUGUUUCAGAGGAAGCUUAGUUUAUAACUUGGUCAUCAUAUAUUGGAGAAUCUUUUGCAAAAAUAUAUUAUUGUAAUAUCACUAGGCAACAUUUAAAUGUAUAAAGAUUUGUUAUAACAUAUUUUGUAUAUUGUCGAACCAAACAACAAAAUAAGAUUCUAUUCUAUUAUAUUUAUUGGUUUUAAUCUCUUUAAUAAUGUUAUUUUCAACAAUAGACCAAUUGUGAAAACUAUGCUUUUGAUGUUGAUUAUGUUUGCAACUUUCAAGGUUCUGUAUUCUAGUCCGAAUAAUAUUUCACUGUAAAAAAAUACGUAACUGCAUGUUUGUUGUAAGCUAGAAAUGUAUUUAUUUAUUCAGAAAUAUAUAUUAACAUAUAAACAGCAAGACUCCUUGACAAUUGGCUCGAGUGAUCUCCCGUUGUGUAGAUAAUAUCGCCUUGACGUCCGUCCAAAAAUUAUAUUGUUACUGUUGUUGUUAAUUUGUAUCCACAUAGAGAUUUUUUUGCUAUCCGUUAUUGUAUCAUAAUUAUGUAGUGUUUAGAUUAUAUAUUAUUUUUUUAGUUUUUAGUGUUCAUACUCAGAAUCUUUAUAGUGUUGUAAAUCUAUUAGGGACGAAGUCAGUGUGUGAAGUACACAUAGUUUUUAAUUUAUAUUCUGGGGAAAUAUAAAUGUUUAGUAUUAUACUUGUAAGUUUGUUGAAUUCUUUUAUUUCAUUUCUUUAUACUCUAUUAUGCUUCAUUGUAAUAAUUCUGUUGGCAAAUAAUUAUAUCAGACUUAAAAUUGCCUUUCUCCUCUUUUGGAUUUCUGUAAUAUUUCUAGAGUAAGUUACCUUAUGAUAUUGCAUCUUUUAUUGAACUUUACAUAUUUUUUCUAUAUUCCUAUUUUGUUUAUGCAUACAAUAUCGUCUGUUCAUUAGUGUCACUUAGUAGAUUUUAUACUCUAUGCAUAUGCCUCUUUGAAAUCAAUGUCAAAAUGUUGUGCCUUUAGAUGCAUAUCAAAAAGUCACGUAGGCUAGCUCAUGUACCCCGUGAUAGUAGCAUAUAGAGCAUAUAUUGUUCACAAAUAGUGUUAGUUAUGUUAUGAUAUUACCAUUAGCCUAACUGCUGGAUCUCGUAUAGUUGUUUGAAUCGUUUUCUCUAUUAAUAUUGCAGAUUGAAAUUUAAUUGAAGGAUGUAAAGUAAUCAUGUUGUCAAUAAAUGCUUAAAUCCCUUCAACAGCUGUUUUAAAACAGGCAAAAAUUACCUAAUUUUCCUUAAAUAUUUUGUGAUAAACGUGCAACAAAAAAUAUAUGUACACACUUACUAUUAACCUAUUGAUUCAAAAAGGGUAACACAAGUCUAAAAAUAGAUAUUGAAAGAAUAAUUAACAAAUAAAGUGAUUACCACAAAAUAACCGUACAACUGUCUAUGGUUAGUAAAGUUAAUAAAUACUUGUAAGAGAGCAUAAUAAUGCUAUCUAGAUGACAAGGGGUGAAGUAGAAUGGUUCAAAAUGUAUAAACAACAGUAACCUCUUAAAAAAAAAAAGAAAAAAGUAUAUGUGUGACAUAUGCCUUCAAGAAUUUGUUAAAAUUUAUAUGUUAAUUAUUGUGCUAACAAUACAUUAACUAUUGCUUUUGCCAAAUAUUAAACCAUUCUAAACACAAUUAAACUUUGUUUUUUAUUGAACUGGGUUACUGUUUUGUUGAUUUUAUAAUUUUCUGUUUAUGAGUAGCUGUUGCAAAUUGUAUUUCAAUACAUGUGAAAUAAAACAAACAUACAAAUAUAACGCACUAUUAGUCAAAUUAAAAAAAAGAUAUUUAUUGUUUGUUAAGCUCGAUGAAUACUUUAUAUUGUUUCAAGUUAUGAAUGUAUUAAAACUGGUCACUACAAAUGUUAACUAAGAUACAAACUUUGAUUUAAAUAACUAUACGGAUCCAAUUAAUGAAUGAGAACUCUUGACAAUCAAACAGAAAGUACCUUAUUGCAGUUGAGGGCCUCUCAGUAACCAUAUACUGUUGUUAUUUAUUAUCUUCGGCCCUCACAAUAUUGUUAUGUGUUGUUUUGCUCAAAAGCAUUCUCUAUUGGAAUGCUGUGUAGUUAUAUUCAUUAGUGACCUCACCUCGUGUAAGUGUUAGAAUAGAUUCGUUAGUCUAGUUUAUGUUAAAGACAAGAUAAUUUUACAUUCCAUUUAUAAGAAGGAUUCCAAUUCGACUAAGUUUUAAUGGUUGUGUUAAUAUAUUUUUUAUAAAAUUAAUUUAUUGUUUUAGGUAUUGUUUGGAUGCUAGCAAUAAUCAUUUAAGAGAGGUUUCUAUCAAAGUUGGUUUUAGAUAUCUGCAGUACUGAUAAGUUUGCAAUGGGGCAAAAUUUAUUACUUCAUUUGUAUUAUAAAAAAUUUAGCAUGGUUCA